AUGGAAGAACCUCUCCCGCUCGAGUACAAUACGUCGCAGAGUGUAGCAAGCAAAGAAUUUUCGUUAGGAUUCCUGAGAGGAAAUGGUUCAACUGUUUUGUACUACUGUAUCAUUGGGACUGUCAGUUACUGGGUUGGGAACAUGUUAUACAACAUCUAUCUGCACCCUCUGAGAAAGAUUCCUGGCCCAAAGCUGGCAGCAUGCAGUGCUUUGUAUGAAUUCUACUGGGAUGUUCUCAAACGUGGCAAGUAUGUGUGGCAGAUUGAUCGCCUACAUGAGCAGUACGGACCAAUUGUGCGGAUUACGCCCCGUGAAGUUCACAUUAAGGACGGCCACUACAUAAGCACCGUAUUCGCUCCCUCCAACAGAAUCCGGGAUAAGGAUCCUCAGUAUACACCUGCUUUUGCCGCACCCGAGGCCGCUAUUUCGACAGAACAUCAUGAUUUGCAUCGGUCUCGCAAGGCGUUGCUGCAGAGAUUCUUCUCUAAACAGUCAGUUGUCAAGCUUGAACCGUACGUUUGGACCAAGGUCGACGAGAUGGCAGAUAUUCUUCGUCAGGCUCAUCAAGACAAUGUCAUUAUCGACGGAGUAGGAAUAUUUGCUGGACUGACUGCCGAUAUAAUCACUCAGUAUGCGUUUGGAGAGAGUUUCGAGACCCUUGGCCGCGGAGAAGACAUGAACGCGGUCAUGAGUGCGGUAAGCGCUGUGACCAUUACAUUUCACUUUAACAGAUUCUUCCCGAUUCUACGUCCUAUUAUGUCCAAGAUUCCUAUCUCAUUGUUCAAGAACCUUCUGCCUGGCCUAGCAGAUGUAAUUGAGAAGCAAAAUACCCUACAAAGGAUGUCACUUGGUGCCUUGGAGAGAAGAGCUUCUAAAACCCAUGAAAUGAAGACUGUGUUUGAUUCUCUGACAGACGAAUCGGUGCCUGAGAGAGAGCGUACCGUGAGCCGAUUAAUGGACGAGGCCUUCGUUAUUUUAGGUGCUGGAACAGUCACAACUUCUCGAGCUGUGACCAGGAUUGCCUUCCACCUUGCUCGGGAUAAGUCCAUUGCCCGGAAAUUACGAGAUGAACUUCGCACAGUGAUGCCCACGCCUGACGCGCAUCCUGAAUCACACCAACUAGAAUCUCUAUCAUACCUUAAUGGAGUUAUUCAGGAGGGAAUCCGUCUCACCUUCGGGGUCACAAUGCGUCAAGUUCGAAUAGCACCAACUGAGACACUCAUCUACAAGGACUUUGCAAUUCCACCCGGAACGCCGAUUUCACAGUCGACUGUUCUCACCAAUCUAGACCCUACACUUUUUGCAGACCCACAUGAGUUUUACCCAGAUCGAUGGGUAGAAAAUGGAAAUGAGCUAUCCCAGUUCAUGUUUUCCUUUUCAAAAGGAAGUCGACAAUGCCUAGGCAUGAAUAUGGCAUACGCAGAACUGUUUAUAGCAGUAGCAAAAUUAGGACGGUGGUUUGAUCUAGAGCUUCACGAGACGAGUGAGAAGAACGUGGUUAUCACGCGGGAUCUUGGUGUUGGGUCUCCUGAAAACGGGCCCUUGAAGGUUCAUCUGAAAGUGAAAGGACUGGCAACUUAA